AUGCUGCCCAUCACCGACCACCUGCUGCACCUGCUGGGGCUCAAGAAGACAACGUUCCGUCUGUAUGCCGUGUCCAUCCUCCUCCUCUCGCUGCUCUUCUUCCUCUUCCGCCUGCUGCUGCAGCUGCUGCAGCUCUGCCGCAGCUUCGUCCACACCUGCCACCGCCUGCGCUGCUUCCCCCAGCCUCCUCGGCGCAACUGGCUGCUGGGCCACCUGGGCAUGUACCUCCCAAAUGAGGCUGGUCUCCGAGACGAGUCAAAGGUACUGAACAACAUGCACCAUGUGCUCCUCGUGUGGAUCGGGCCUGUCUUGCCGCUGGUGGUGCUCGUGCACCCCGACUACAUCAAGCCCGUGCUGGGGGCCUCAGCGGCCAUUGCUCCAAAGGAUGACCUUUUCUACGGCUUUCUGAAACCGUGGCUGGGGGACGGGCUGCUACUCAGCAAAGGGACCAAGUGGAGUCGCCACCGCCGCCUCCUGACGCCCGCCUUCCACUUCGACAUCCUGAAGCCAUACAUGAAGAUCUUCAACCAGUGCACGGAUAUCAUGCAUGCCAAAUGGCGGCGCAUGGCGGAGGGCAAAGUUAUCUCCCUGGACAUGUUCGAGCACGUCAGCCUCAUGACCUUGGACAGCCUCCAGAAAUGCGUCUUCAGCUACAACAGCAACUGCCAGGAGAAGAUGAGUGAUUAUAUCUCAGCCAUCAUGGAGCUGAGUGCCCUGGUGGUUCGGCGCCAGUAUCGCCUGCACCACCACCUCGACUUCAUCUACUACCUCAGUGCAGACGGGCGGCGCUUCCGGCAGGCCUGCGACACCGUGCACCGCUUCACCACGGAGGUCAUCCAGGAGCGACGGCAGUCCCUGAACAAGCAGGGGGCAGAGGCCUGGCUGAAAUCCAAGCAGGGCAAGGCCUUGGACUUCAUCGACGUGCUGCUCCUGGCCAAGGAUGAAGAUGGGAAGGAGCUGUCCAACGAGGACAUCCGAGCCGAGGCUGACACGUUCAUGUUUGAGGGCCAUGACACAACCUCCAGUGGACUCUCUUGGGUGCUGUUCAACUUGGCGAAGCACCCCGAGUACCAGGAGAAGUGCCGGGAGGAGAUCCAGGACGUCCUGAAAGGCCGGGAGCUGGAGGAGCUAGACUGGGAUGACCUGACCCAGCUGCCCUUCAUCACCAUGUGCAUUAAGGAGAGCCUACGCCAGUUCCCACCCGUCACCCUGGUGUCCCGCCGCUGCACGGAGGACGUCAAGCUCCCUGAUGGGCGCAUCAUCCCCAAAGGAAUCAUCUGCCUGGUCAGCAUCUACGGGACCCACCACAACCCCUUAGUAUGGCCAGACGCCAAGGUGUACAACCCCUACCGCUUUGACCCUGAGAAUCCACAGCAGCGCUCACCAUUGGCUUAUGUACCCUUCUCUGCGGGACCCAGGAACUGCAUCGGACAGAGCUUCGCCUUGGCCGAGAUGCGCGUGGUGGUGGCGCUGACGCUGCUGCGCUUCCGCCUGACUGUGGAUCGGUCGCGGAAGGUGCGGCGGAAGCCCGAGCUCAUCCUGCGCACGGAGAGCGGCAUCUGGCUGCUGGUGGAGCCGCUGCCUCCGCGGGUCUGA